UAUUAAAGAGAUUUUUGAAACUGGGAGAUGGAUUUGUGGCUUGCUCCACGCACUGAACCGGGUAUUGCAGUGUUUCCAGAUGAGCGCCUUACAGCGGAUGAAAUGGAUGAGAAGAGGCACCAGAACAUCGCCUACCAGUAUCUCUGUCAUCUAGAAGAAGCCAAACGCUGGAUGGAGGGCUGCUUGAAGGAGGAUCUGGCCUCACCAACCGAACUGGAGGAGAGUUUGCGGAAUGGGGUCACUCUGGCCAAGCUGGGUCAUUUCUUUGCACCUGACGUGUGUCCCUUGAGGAGAUUUAUGACCUUGACCAGGCCCGCCUGUGGGCUGCACUUCCGACACACGGACAACAUCAACCGCUGGCGGGACGCCAUGAGCCACAUUGGAUUGCCCACGAUCUUUCACCCUGAAACAACAGACAUCUAUGACAAAAAGAACAUGCCUCGUGUGGUGUAUUGUAUUCAUGCUUUGAGUUUAUACCUCUUUAAACUUGGGCUGGCUCCCCAGAUCCAGGAUUUGUAUGGGAAAGUCAAUUUCACAGAGGAGGAAAUAAACCAUAUGAAACGUGAGCUGGAGAAAUAUGGUCUGCAGCUUCCAUCCUUCAGCAAGAUUGGUGGGAUCCUUGCUAAUGAGCUCUCAGUGGACGAGGCUGCAGUCCACGCCGCAGUCCUGGCCAUAAACAAAGCAGUGGAAAAGGGGGUUGUGGAGGAGACCGUCCUGGUCUUGCAGAACCCCAAUGCCAUGCUCUCCAGCCUUCGGGAGGGCUUCGGGGCCAUCUACCAGGAAGUUCUCUACCUGGCCAAGGCAGAGAAAGCCAAGAACGGGAAGAACCGGCAUCUACAAGAAAUCCCCGAUGGCGAAGACAUUUAUGAUCGGUGCCUGACCCAGGCCGAGAUACAAAGCAGCAUCAACAAUGCAAACGCAAAAGGUGCUCUGGAGCUGGUGGACGAUGCCCUUGAGGAACAGGAUCCCCAGGGGUUGUACUGCGCUUUGCAAGAUCCUGCCCUGGCUUUGAGGAACCUGUUGCGAGAGAAUGUGGACUGGUACUUGGAUCAGCUGAGCACUGACCGGGAGCAGAAGGCUCUGGAGCUGGGCUACACAGACUUGCUUGAACAAGAGGAAAUCCAAGCUGGGCUUUACGUGGCCAAUGAGAGAGGAGACCAAGAACGUGCUGUGACACAGGCUGUGAGCCGUAUCAACGCCUCCAUUCGGAAAGGGGUAGCGGAGGAGACGGCGCGCACCCUGGCAGACCCCGAGGCUCAGCUGCCGGAUGUCUUCCUCUUUGCUGCAGGGCUCUAUCAGCGAGAGCUGUCUGCCCUUCAGCGGCAGCACCCGCAGGGGGAGCUGGUUCAAGAGGAGCUGUUUGUCGCUGUGGAGAUGCUUUCGGCAGUGGCACUGGUCAACCAGGCCCUCAAGGACGGAGACGCCUCCAGCUUCUGGAGGAGCCUGGUCAGCCCUGCUUUGGGCCUGUCAGAGAUAGAGGAGAGCAAUGCACAGCGUUAUUUUGAAGACUUGUCACAAUGGAAGCACCGAUCUCAGGACACGAAGUUUGACUUCCUGAGCUGGAACGACAUCCAGGCUUCAGUGAAUAGUGUGAAUGCCUCAGCCCAAGAAGAAAAUAAUAAAAUCCUUGCUGUCCGACUGAUCACGAGGCUCUGGAGCAGAGCGCCCAGAAAAACCCUCAGAGCCCUGCUGCUUCCUUCUUCCGGCCUCUGCGAUGUGACACUCCCCAUGCUAAGCGCAGGGGACAACGGAGCUAUGCUGUGGUGGGAAGAAAUCCAAGAGGGCGUCUCCAAAGCUAACCACGACACUGAAGCUGCACAGAGAAUGGCUCUUGGCACCGCUGCCAAUCAAGCCAUCAAGGAAGGGAACGCAGCACAGACAGUCAGGGUCCUGCGCAAUCCGGAUGUCUCUAUCUGUGGUGUGGCGAUGGAGUGUGCUGCCUCCUACCAGGCCCAGCUGAGUGCUCUCAUGGCUUCCAAAAAAGCCCCAGGUAAGCGGGAAUGUGUGGAACUCAAACUACCUUGGGUCCGGCACAAGCUGAAGGAUGGGACAGAGUAUUACUUCACUCAGACCUUUGAAGGCUUCUGGGACCAACCUCGCCCCUGUGCCCUCAAUGCGGAGCAUCUCAGCCGGGAGGAAAUUCAGUCCACUGUUGCCCGGGUCACAGCCGCCCACGAUCGGGAGCGUCUGUGGGAAUCGAGUACCCCACUGGUUGUGCAGCUGCAGGCUCGGAUGAGAGGCUUCCUGGCCCGGCAGGAGUUUGCAACCCGGCGGAGCUUGUGGUGUAAGCAGGUGCCAGCCGCUCUCAAGAUCCAGGCUUACUGGCGUGGGUACCAGCAACGGAAGCGUUACCUAGAAAGGCUGCGGCAUUUCCAGAAGAACACAGGUGCUGUCAUCAAGAUUCAAGCCUGGGUACGGAUGUGGCGAAUACGCAGACGAUAUCGACAGAGGUUGGCCUACUUCAGGAAGAAUGUCAAGGCCAUAAUCAAAAUCCAGGCAUUUGUACGAGCUAACAAGGCGCGAGAAGAUUACAGGAUGUUGGUACACAGUGGGAAGCCACCGCUCAGCAUCGUCCGGCGUUUUGCCCACCUGCUAGAACGCAGCCAGCAGGACUACUGGGAGGAACUGGAGCUGCUGGAUCUCCAGGAGACUGUGGUGAGAAUCCGCUUCAACCAGCAGCUGGAGAGUGACCUCAACCUCAUGGAUAUCAAGAUUGGAUUGCUGGUCAAGAACAGGAUCACCCUCCAGGAGGUGGUCUCUCACUGCAAGAAGCUGACGAAGAAGAACAAGGAGCAACUCUCUGAUCUGAUGGGCCGGAGCAAAGAGCAAGGGCUAAAGUCCCUCAGCAGGGAGAAGAAGCGGAAGAUCCUGGAGGCAUAUCAGCACCUCUUCUACCAACUGCAGACCCACCCGGUUUAUUUGGCCCGGCUGAUCAUGCAGAUGCCCCAGAACAAGUCCACAAAGUUCAUGGAGUCUGUGGUCUUCACCCUGUACAAUUACGCCUCCAACGCCAGGGAGGCCUACCUCCUGCUCCAGCUCUUCAGAAGCGCCUUGCAAGAGGAGAUUGAGUCGAAAGUCGAUCAAAUCCGUGACAUCCUCACAGGGAAUCCGACGGUUAUCCGCCUGGUGGUGAGCUUCUACCGCAACGCCCGUGGGCAGAAUGCCUUGCGCCAGAUCUUGGAGGGCCCCGUGCAAGAGGUCCUGCAGAACAAGACCCUGAGCAUUCGUACCAGCCCUGUGGAAAUCUACAGAGGGUGGAUCAACCAGAUGGAGUCUCAGAGUGGGCAGAAAAGCAAUCUCCCAUACGAUGUCAGCCCUGAGCAAGCCCUGGGUCACCCUGAGGUGCAGAGGAGGUUGGACAUUUCCAUCCGCAAUCUCCUGGUGGUGACAGACAAGUUCCUCUCAGCCAUUACAUCUUCUGUGGACCAAAUUCCUUAUGGGAUGCGCUACAUUGCUAAAGUCUUGAAGACGUCCUUACGAGAGAAGUUUCCGAAUUCUACAGAGGAUGAGAUUUACAAGGUUGUUGGGAACCUGCUCUACUACCGUUUCAUGAACCCGGCUGUGGUGGCCCCUGAUGGCUUUGAUAUUGUUGACGUCUCGGCUGGGGUAGCGCUCCACCCCGACCACAGGCGCAACCUGGGCUCCAUUGCGAAGGUCUUGCAGCACGCCGCUGCCAACCAACUCUUUGAAGGGGAAAACGGCCACUUGCGGGUAGUGAACCAGUACCUAGAGGAAACCCACCUUAAAUUCAGAAAAUUCAUCAGUGCUGCCUGUUCUGUCCCUGAACCUGAAGAGAGGUUUAAUGUCGACAAGUAUUCAGAGAUGGUGGCCAUCACAAAGCCAGUGGUCUACAUAACAGUUGGGGAGCUAAUUAACACACACAAGUUGCUGCUGGAGCACCAGCGUUCUGUGGCUCCUGAUCCUCGAGACCCUCUACACGAACUUCUAGAAGACCUCGGGGGCUUGCCCACCACCCAGUCUCUAAUGGGCGACAGUGUGGGAAAUGGAGCCAAUGGGACUUCGGAGCAAACUCUGACUCAGCUCGCCAAGACGGAAAUUUCACUCAUCCUUGGCAACAAAUUUGAUGUUGCAGAGGCCAAUAUUGAGGGGGGAAAGGAUACGGAAAGCUUGUUGUUGAGUACUAAGCAGAUGCUGGUCGAUGUGAUCCAGUUCCAACCUGGCGAUUCUCUUGUGGAGAUACUGCAGACAAAGGCAUCAGAGGAUCAGGAAGCCCUCCACCACCACCUUAUGAAGAGAAGGGCCUUAUGCAAUACCCAAGCCCCAGACAAGUUGAGAUGCAACCACACUCUGGUCAGCAACAGCCACCUCUCAGUAGCAGAGAAGAAGCGGAUCAUCCUCAAGAAUCUGCGGCGUCUUGAGAGCCUGGGCAUGGUGGACUCUGCCAACCUGUACCAGGACAUCAUCAAUGAGAUGGCCAAGGACAUCCGCAACCAGAGGAAGUACCGACAACACCGCAAGACAGAGCUGGUCAAGCUGCGCCAGACUCUGCACAGCCUCAGCGCCAAGAGGAUGUUUUUUGAGGAGCAGGUCGACUACUACAACCAGUACAUCCGGACGUGUCUGGACAACCUGGCAGCUAGAAACAAGCCCAGCAAGAAACAGGCAACCUUGCAUUACACGGCAGCCCGCCUCUUUGAGAAAGGUGUUUUGCUGGAAAUUGAAGACCUCCCAGCCAGCCAACUCAGGAAUGUGAUAUUUGAAAUAAUCCCUUGCGGUGAAGCUGGCAAGUUCCAGGUGAAGGCAAAAUUUAUGGGAGUUGACAUGGAGAAGUUUCAGCUCCACUACCAGGACCUGCUCCAGCUCCAGUAUGAGGGUGUCGCCAUCAUGAAAAUGUUUGACAAAGCAAAAAUCAACGUCAACCUCCUGAUUUUCCUCCUUAACAAGAAGUUUUUCAAGAAAUAACUGAAGGCCUGAGGGUCAACCUGCAUCCGGGCUG